UCUUCAAUUUCUCGUUGGGCUGUGUGGAGGAGAACAUCAACGCAAACAAUGAAUACUAAGGAAGAGAAGAACAAAUUAGCCGAAGCUGAAGCUGUGGAUGAUGAUGCAAAUUUAUCAGUCAUACCUCUCUUUAUCCCAUACAAGAUGGGGAUUUUCAAUCUAUCGCACAGAAUAGUGUUGGCACCAUUAACAAGAACAAGGUCAUAUAACUUCUUUCCUCAGCCUCAUGCUGCUUUAUAUUAUUCUCAAAGAACUACCAAAGGAGGCUUUUUGAUUACUGAAGCCUCAGGGAUCUCUGAAACUGCACAAGGGUACCCAAAUACCCCUGGAAUUUGGAAACGAGAGCACGUGGAAGCGUGGAAACCAAUUGUAAGUGCUGUUCAUGAGAAAGGAGGCAUAUUUUUCUGCCAGCUUUGGCAUGCUGGAAGAGUCUCCACCUACAAUUAUCAGCCUAAUGGGGAGGCUCCAAUAUCAUGCACAGACAAGCCAAUAAGACCCAAAAUUCAAGCUGAUGGAAGCCGUAGUGUUUCUAAACAUUCACCGCCACGUCGGCUCAGAACCGAUGAGAUCCCAAAGCUUGCAGAUGACUUCAGAGUUGCGGCCAAGAACGCUAUAGAAGCAGGUUUUGAUGGAGUUGAGAUACACGCUGCAAAUGGUUACUUGCUAGAUCAGUUCCUCAGAGACCAAGUAAAUGAUCGAGACGACAUUUAUGGUGGCGGUUUAGAAAACCGCUGUCGUUUCCCUCUUCAGGUAGUGAAAGCUGUUUCUGAAGAAAUUGGAUCUCAUAGGGUCGGCAUUAGGCUCUCACCUUUCACAGAAUAUAACGAUUGCAUUGACUCUGACCCUCAAGCUCUGGGACUUCACAUGGCUAAAUCAUUGAACCAUUAUGGGAUUUUGUAUUGCCAUGUGAUUGAGCCAAGAAUGGUGACAUUAUUAGAACGAUGCGAUGAGACUCGCUUCUCUCUGAGACCUAUUCGAGAUGAGUUUCGAGGUACUUUUAUUGUUGCAGGAGGGUAUAAUAGGAAUGAAGGGAAUGAAGUUAUUGCCAAUGGUGGUGCUGAUUUAGUUGCGUAUGGUCGGUUGUAUUUGGCCAACCCAGAUUUGCCUUUGAGGUUUUGUCUUGAUGCUCCACUUAAUAAGCCGGAUAGAACCACGUUCUAUGCGCAUGAUCCAGUGGUUGGUUAUACAGAUUAUCCCUUUCUUCCUCUUUCUAAUACCGAUCAAUAGAGAUAGAUAUUUUUAAUGCUUUCUAUUUGUAAACCGUAGUUUUCUAUGAUGAUUUGGACUGAUGUUGAAUGCGCACAAAAAUUAAAAUAAAAAAAAUGUGCUUUAGUUUGGUCGUCCAAAAAAGAAAAGUGCUAGUAUUUUUAUUGUACUUUUGGAUCAUUUGAAUGGAGACUGAGUUGAGGAUUGUCCAA